AUGGCAGCAAAGAAAGUAGACCCAAAGGCACAGCAGAAGAAGGGAGGCAAAGACAAGGCCCCAAAGAAGGUAGAUGCUAAGAAAUGGACCAAAACAGAGAGCAAGGCCAAGACCCUAAAGAUCUCUGUAAUCAACGAGGAAACAUUCAACAAGAUAAAGAAGGAGGUUCUUGCAAUGAACAUAAUAACUCCAGCCACAGUUUCCGCGAAAAACAACUUAGAAACUGCAGUUGCCAAGAGAAUCCUCGACAAAAUAGUCGAAUCUGGCGAGAUAGAAAUAAUUGCAAAAUCUUCGUUCGGAAGAAUAUACGGGAAGAAGGAGGCGCCUGUUGCAGCACAGUAA